AUGAAACUUAGUUCGCCGGCUUCUCACCGAAGAUCUAAAUCGCCAAGUCAACAGAAGCAAGAAAUUAAAAAGUCAUUUAGAUCGGCGAAGAUUUUUCCGACACGUCGGCAAACCAUAGACGCAUGUCAAGCCGUGCCGUGUAAUUCAUUGUCCGUACCUACAACGCCAAUGCUUGACUUUCAGCAACAGAAGUUUUACAAAUCGUUGAGCGCUCCGCCGUGGCCGAAAGUACAAAGAGCAUCGCCUUAUUUUCGUCCCACAACAGUUCCGAGAACACAUACGACGACAAACCCUCUGGCGAUACCAAUGCCAAUGUAUUCGGGUUUUAAUCCUUGGCUACCUUUCGACUCGAGCCGUAUCGCAACACAGAACUACCAGUUUCAUCCAUUUGCACAACCGUGGAAUCUCGACACUCACGCGGAUCCUACACAGCAUACACCACUGAUGAGUAUGAACCAACUAACUGCGUACUGCAACGCAUACAACGGUGUAAUACGCGAGCUCGUAACCACCAUGAACAAACUGAGCGCCUCUGUAAAAAUGGCGGACGCUCGGGUCCCAGACUUUCCGCUACGCAGGGACGAGGCGGGCGAUGUCUCGUGCUCGGAUUCUGUGCCACGUUUCUCGGCUUCGUUGCCCAACGUGAACCAAAAGCUUGAGAGCCAAAGAAAACGUUCCGUGCAAUAUUCAGACGUACCAUCGUCAUCGUAUAUGUUCCCCAGCACCUCUUAUCAACACGAACAACUCGCAGAAAACUUUCCGAACAUGAGAGAAGACAGGUUUGUGAGUCUAAUGGAAACUUACUUGAAAAACGAACAAUCAAACAAAACAAACCAAGAGCGUCGCAGCGAUCACUUCUUUACCGCUUUCCCCAACCAAAAACAAAUUACAAAAUUACCGCAGCUUGAAAAACAUCUAGACAAAUCGGACGCUAACUUUGUACCCGAACAGCACAAGCUUCGAGCCUCGGUCCAGGUACCAAUUGCACCGAUUCCUGUGCCAACAAUACCGGUGAAAACAGCAGGUCGUUCUUCUCGUCCAAAGAAGCGCUAUAUUUGCAAGUAUUGUGGCCGAGAGUUCACUAAAUCUUACAACCUUCUGAUUCAUGAGAGAACCCACACGGAUGAACGUCCUUACACAUGCGAGGUUUGCAACAAGGCAUUCAGGAGGCAGGACCACCUCAGAGACCACAGGUAUUAA